CGUCUUCUUUCUUUUUAUUCGUGUAUGUUUUGUCGUUUUGGAGCUUAUAAAGUUACGAUUUUGUCUGCGUGUUUAGUCGACGUGAUAGUUUUGGUUUUUGACGUGCUGUACGUCAUGUUCUUCGGCCAUAGCUUGAAAGACAGAUUUUGUUUCUCCGAAAUAAAACGUCAAUUAUUAUAUAUAACGACUCCCUAAAGAUUGUACUCUAUUUAGGUAAAUACAACAUGGCAUGUGUAAAUAAUUGUACACUAUUUUAAAUGGUAUUAACACUGAGGAUGUUUUUACCAGCGGACAAUGGCGGGUGUGUGGAAAAGGACUAAGGUGUCUUCAUGGGGUCUUUUAAACAACCACCGAUAUUAGUGCAAAAAAGCCAUGAUGUUUCGUGCCAUGGCCAGCACGAGGGUGUGCAAGAAACCCCAGCAGAAGCCGAUAAAUGACAACUUGAAGAGGAAAAGAACGGACAGCCGCUCUGAGCCACGGGACGCCGAAGUGUCCAACUAUCAGAAGUGUCAAAAUAAAAGCCCUGCCGCGCACGUAACUGAGAGUCCACAGGAAGUCUCUGUGCCGAGGGACACGUGGGAGAUGGACAGCGGCUUCUCCGAGUCCAGCGCCAGGAGCUCGCCGAGUCCGACUGCUGUGGUGGCAUUGGACUGCGAGAUGGUGGGCACGGGACCCCGCGGGUGCUUCAACGAGCUUGCCCGCUGCAGCAUCCUAAAUUACCACGGUGACGUCCUUUUCGACAAGUACGUGAAGCCGUGUCGCCCCGUCACUAACUUCAGGACACGCUGGAGCGGCAUCCAGCGACACCAUUUAAAAGACGCCAUGCCCUUUGCUCAGGCCAAAGAGGAGAUCCUGAGCAUUCUUGAGGACAAGGUGGUGGUGGGUCAUGCGGUCUCCAACGACUUUGACGUGUUGGGCAUCGUCCAUCCAGCUCACAUGGUCAGGGACACGGUGGCCACACGUUACCUCGCCUGUUUAGCCGGCUUUCCUCGCCCACGUGGCUCCUCCCUGAAGGUCAUGGCCAGUAAGCUCCUCAACAGACGCAUCCAGGUGGGGAAGAGAGGCCACUGCUCGGUGGAGGACGCGCGGGCCUCCUUGGACCUUUACAAGCUGGUGGAGGACAAGUGGGAGGGGCAUCUGCAGAGCGUACAGAGGGGGGAAGACCACAACCGGCCCAAUGUGGCCGCUUCCAUGGAGGAAUUCAUGCAGGACCAGUACUGGCCUCAACACCUGACCGCUGACUGCCAGGGGGCGGAGCUUGUUGGAGAUGCAGACUAAUGACUUUUGAUGCUCAGCGGCAAACGCGUUAUAACUUAUUACUUGACUUGGAUAUGCGCUCGUUCGGUGCCUCUUUACCUUUGACAUCAGGACCAGAUGACCGCACACAAACACACAGCUGCUAGCAGUCUUCUUGAUUGCUCAUUUUCAAUGCCUUCAAUAAAAGAGAUGUCAUCAAUACAUAUAUUUUCAAUACAAUACAAUGUCAACGAAUGUUGGCAGACAUAAAAAUGC